CUCGUAAACAGGUUAUAAACACAGGAAAAUCAUUCCUCUACUCUAUCAGGUCACAAAAAUCACGGCAAGAUGAGUGAUCUUGCCCCCUUUGCGCUCCCACAGUGGAUCGAAUCCAAGAAAGACAACAUCAAACUACCCUUAGCCGGCAGCGCCACCCCCGGCCUCUCAAUCCAAGAUCUAAUCAACCUAUCAACCGACAAACAAACAACAACAUCAAACCUCUCCUUCCAACACCUAAAACUCACCCUAGGCCCCUUCGACGGCAGCCAAGCCCUCCGCAAGUCCAUCGCAGCACUAUACAAUGACUCCAUCACUGCAGAAAAUAUCUUCCCUACCCACGGCACAACAGGUGCAAACGCUUUACUUUUCCAGAGCUUGUUGAAAGCUGGAGAUCACGUUAUUGCUAUGUACCCCUGCUACACGCAGUUAAUCUCCCUGCCGAAAUCUAUCCCGGGUGUGGAGGUUGAUUAUUGGGAACUUGAUCUUGAUUUGGAGAAUGGAGCGAAGGCGGAUAUUCAAGCGCUGAGGGGUUUGAUCAGACCAACGACGAAGAUGAUUGUUUUGAAUAAUCCGAAUAAUCCGCUUGGAACGGUUUUAUCGCGGAUGACGCAGAAUGGAAUCGUGGAGAUUGCCCGUGAAUACGGGUUGACGAUUCUGGUGGAUGAAAUCUUUCGUCCACUCUUCCACGACUCCAACAACCAAACCGAUAUCCCACCUUCAUUCAUCGACCUCCCACCCCCGCACGCCUACGAAAACAUAAUCGUAACAAGCUCCAUGAGCAAAGCAUGGGGUCUGUCCGGAACCCGCGUCGGCUGGCUUGCCACGCGAAGCACAUCCAUUCUGUCAACAUGUUUCAACCGCGGCCUGUAUACUAUCAUGGCACUGGGUUCUAUUGACGAAGCAAUUGCCGCAGAAGCACUUAGUGACCGGUGUCGGCCGCAGAUCCUGAAUAAACAUCUUGCUAUUGCACGGACGAAUAUCGCCCUCAUUGAGGAGUUUGUGGGUAAGAAUAGGGAUGUCUGUGGGUGGGUUAGGCCGUCUGCUGGGGGGACGGGGUUUGUGAGGGUUUAUCAGAAGGAGAAGGGAGAGGGAGAUGAGAGGGUGCCUGUUGAUGAUGUGGUGUUUUGUAGGAGGUUGAGGGGAGGUGAAGGGGGUUUUGUUGGCGCCGGGGAGUCUUUGUUUUGGAGUGCGUGAUGCUGGUGGUGCUGAUUUCCGGGGAUAUGUGAGGGUGCAUAUUACGCUUGACCCGCAGGUAAUGGAGAGGGCUUUGGUGGCUAUUGGUGAAUUUUUGGAGGAGGAUUCGGGGUAGGAGGAAUCUAUCUAUCUAUUGUUAAAUGGAUCUAGGGUUGGGUUGGAGUUGUACUAGGUGUGUUAUGGAUGGAGAGAUUAAUUGAGUGAUAAUAUGCGUUUUAUCUUUUCCUUCAGUCCUUUUCUAGUUCCAUACUAUAAAGUUCCACUGACAAUGUGCUGUGCCAGCAUUUUGUUUUUGACAGCGCCAGGAAAUAGAAGUUUGCAUCACUGAGUCA